CGAUAGGUCCCGGCCGUUAGCCAAUUCGACUGUUUCGACCAAAUAGUCUCGCGAUUCGCGAAACACAAAACAAAAGCACAGACGUCGCGCUCUCGCCGAAUUCCGCCGCCGUCGCCUGAAACUAACACAAAAUAGCAAAAUUCUAGGUGGUACGAGCCGACGACGACAAAGAACUCUCUAAGACCGCUUAUAUAACUCGGCAGCGAAGCAGACAGGCCCCCAAAUCCCGACAAGAUGUUGCGAGCGCUGCGAAGUUCUUCCUCCAGGUGCUCCAGUCUGCAGCAGAGCGUGUUGAAGAGUUACACUCGCAGUCUGGGCUCUGUGAUACCGGACCUCAACCUGAAGGACUUUCCGAUCGCAAAUGAACCGAUUCUGGGAUAUCGCAAGGACUCGAAGGAGCGCAGGGCCCUCGAGCAGACUCUGAAGGGCACUUCCUCGAGCUGCGAGGAUAUUCCCAUCGUGAUCGGCGGCAAGGAGUACAAGACAUCAGAGGUGCGCUACCAGGUCAUGCCCCAUGACCACCAACAUAAGCUGGCCAGCUUCUACUACGCCGACAAGAAGCUCAUCGAGAAGGCCAUCAAAACAGCCGUGGAGACGCAGCCCAAGUGGGACCGUGUGCCGAUCGCAGAUCGUCUGAAUAUCUGGGAGAAGGCAGCUGAUCUAAUGGCGACUACUUACCGCCAGGAACUAAACGCCGCCACCAUGCUGGGUCAGUCCAAAACGGCCAUCCAAGCUGAAAUCGACGCGGCAGCGGAGUUGAUCGACUUUAUACGAAUGAAUGCUUACUUCCUGAAGGAGGUCACUAAAUAUCAGCCUAUCAGCGAGAACAUCAAGGUCACUAAGAACUCUUUGCGUUAUCGUGGCAUUGAUGGCUUCAUCGCGGCUGUCAGCCCCUUCAACUUUACUGCCAUCGGCGGCAACUUGUCCUACACGCCAGCUCUGAUGGGAAACGGUGUCCUGUGGAAGCCCUCGGACACUGCCAUGCUGUCCAACUGGCUUAUUUUCAAAAUUAUGCGCGAAGCGGGAGUGCCCGAUGGAGUUGUUAACUUCGUACCCGCCGACGGGCCCGUGUUUGGGGACACCAUAACCGCCAGCCCCCACCUGGCCGGCAUCAAUUUCACCGGUUCAGUGCCAACCUUCAAUCGCCUGUGGAAGCAGGUGGGCAACAACAUUGACAAGUACGUGAACUUUCCCCGCUUGACUGGUGAGUGUGGCGGCAAGAAUUUCCACUUUGUGCAUGCAUCAGCCGAUGUUGAGUCGGUGGUGACAUCCACGAUACGCUCGGCAUUUGAGUACUGCGGUCAGAAGUGUUCUGCCUGCUCGCGCAUGUAUGUGCCGGAGUCCCUGUGGCCACAGAUCAAGGAGGGCCUACUGUGCGAAGCGUCGAAACUGAAGAUCGGCGACGUUCAAGACUUUAGCAGCUUUACGUCGGCUGUGAUUGAUGACAAAGCAUUUAAACGCAUUACGAGCUAUAUUGAGCAUGCCAAAAAGUCCCCGAACCUGGAAAUUCUCGCCGGCGGCACGUACUCCGACAGCAAGGGGUACUUCGUCAAUCCGACCAUUGUCCUCAGCAAGGAUCCCAAGGACCGCAUAAUGACCGAGGAGAUUUUCGGCCCUGUCCUAUCGAUUUAUGUGUAUAAGGAGUCGGACCUCCAUGAAACCAUGAAGCUUGUGCACACCUCAACCAAAUUUGCUUUAACCGGAGCAGUAUUCGGCCAGGACGAGGAAUUCGUCAAGUGCGCUCUGCAAGAGUUCAAAAUGGCCGCCGGAAACUUCUACAUCAACGACAAGUCCACCGGAUCAGUGGUAGGCCAGCAGCCAUUCGGCGGUGGUCGAAUGUCAGGCACCAAUGACAAGGCCGGAGGACCUCAUUAUAUUCUGCGCUGGACGUCACCGCAAUCCAUCAAGGAGACUUUUGUGCCUCUGCGUGACGUCAACUAUCCAUAUAUGUGCGAAUAAGCUGAAUAAAAUAGGAUGUGAAUGGAGAGUGGGAUGAGAAUUAGUAAAAGCAGAAAAACCCGACAGGAAUCUCAUAUAACUACUAACUAUAUAAAUAUAUAUAAAUGUAUUUUGUUGAAAUAAUUUUAAACACCACCCCAUGACCCUACUUCGUAACACCUAUAUACUUCAGUUAGCUACAAUUUGUAUACACACACUCUAAGAAUCUCAGAACUACUCAUGAGUAUGCCUCUAAAGGGAUUGUAAAUUGAUAUGCUGAUACCUUCGAACCACAAACACACCGUGACAUGGUUAUUUUAAAUGAAUACUAUGUAAUAUCAUUAUUUUAACGUACGAUUAUACGCAAUGUGAUUAUUUAAUUAUAUGAUUUAUAAUGA